UGUCAGUUACGUCAACCGUCACAUGCCUUUCUAAAUAAAUAAAUAUACAAAUAUAUUUUAAUAAUUAAAAUUAUUUAUUAAAUUAAUAUCAUGCAUACCGACUUAUCUGCACACCUUCACUCUGAUAAGUGUAAUGAAUUAAUUAAAUUAUUACGACAGUGCCGGAUAGAUUAUCCAGCAAGACAACUUUUGGGAAAGUGUGAUCAUGAAUACAUCGAAAUGACUAAAUGUUUAAAGGCAGAAAGGAUAGCAAGACGACAAAGAAGCAUAGAACAGUCGAAAAUCGAGAAAGAAAGGAUGAAUACUUUGUUUAAAGAACAGGCUCAAAAAAGCUAGGAAUAUGUUAUUUAUGUUGAAACUUUUGUAAAUAGUGUUAGACCGUUUGAGUGAGAAAUAAAGACACUUUUGAGACA